AUGUUCGCCGCACAGAGCUGUUUGUGCUCACAGCCAGAGAGGCAGUCCGGCAAGUUCUUUAGAUCCGCCACAAAGGCCAUGGCUGCAGCAUCCGCAGCACAGGAGCCGAGCUACGACUUGUCAAAGCCCGAAUCUUUACUCUGCUUCCUCGAAGAUGCCUGCAUCCGCCUGGUGCGCCUCGAGUACCUGAUCGAGCUCUCUGCCUCCGGGAGGCCGUUACCUCGCCGUCAAGAGGCAGAAAAGGAGACGACAAGCUCAGGGGCGCCGGCGCUGGUAGAGAGCAGCGAGCUCAAAGAAGUGGGGAUUGACCCCCAUACAGGCCACGUGUCUGUGAUGCUCCGGCACCCAGAGCCCAGACGGGUCAAAGUCCACCUCGUCUCCAUCAGCCACGUGUGGGAGAGCAUGCAGCAUCCGGAUCCGUGGAGGUUCCAGCUGGAUGCCAUCGUGGAGGAGUUCCGUCCCCGACUGCUGGAUUCAGUAGUUUGGAUCUUCUACAACUUCGUUUCCUUGCACCAAUACACCAGAAACGAAGAACAAGAGAUGGUUUUCCGACGGGCGCUCCGCGACAUUUUUGUCAUGUACUCCCACGAUGCCAUGGAAGUUCAUCGCAUUGAGACGUUGACUCACCUAAAAUGCGAGACGAUGGGUGAGCUGGGCAGGCAAGCCCUCGAGCAGAUGAUGCAGCGCCACAGGGCGAGUCUGGUGAUUUCCAUUCCAGACCGCAGUCGGGGCUACGUCGAGCAGGGGAUCGAGCCAGCGGCGGCUUCGGAGACUUGCGUGACGCUGCGCAUCCUUGUCUUCAAGCGCAGCCAACCCCGAAUACUUGCAGAAGCCACGGCUGCCGGCAUCCAACUACCCAGCAGCCUGCAGACUUUGACGUUUGGUGACAGGUUCAACCAGAGCUUCGAGGGCAUCCAACUACCCAGCAGCCUGCAGAGAUUGACGUUUGGUGACAGGUUCAACCACAGCUUGCAGGGCAUCCAACUGCCCAGCAGCCUGCAGACUUUAACGUUUGGUCAGGACUUCAACCAGAGCUUCGAGGGCAUCCAGCUACCCAGCAGCCUGCAGAGCUUGACGUUUGGCAACGAGUUCAACCAGAGCUUGGAGGGCAUCCAACUACCCAGCAGCCUGCAGAGUUUGACGUUUGGCUACUACUUCAACCAGAGCCUGGAGGGCAUCCAACUACCCAGCAGCCUGCAGAGUUUGACGGUUGGGUACUACUUCAACCAGAGCCUGGAGGGCAUCCAACUACCCAGCAGCCUGCAGAGUUUGACGUUUGGCUACUACUUCAACCAGAGCUUCGAGGGCAUCCAACUACCCAGCAGCUUGCAGAGUUUGAAGUUUGGUGGCAUCCAGCUACCCAGCCGCCUGCAGAGUUUGACGUUUGGCCACUACUUCAACCAGAGCCUGGAGGACAUCCAACUACCCAGCAGCCUGCAGAGUUUGACGUUUGGCUACGAGUUCAACCAGAGUUUGGAGGGCAUCCAACUACCCAGCAGCCUGCAGAGUUUGACGUUUGGUGCUAUGUUCAACCAGAGUUUGGAGGGCAUCCAGCUACCCAGCAGCCUGCAGAGUUUGACGUUCGACGACUUCAACCAGAGUUUGGAGGGCAUCCAACUACCCAGAAGCCUUCAGAGUUUGACGUUUGGUGGCAGGUUCAACCAGAUCCUGGAGGGCAUCCAACUACCCAGCAGCCUGCAGAGUUUGAUUUUUGGCUACUUCUUCAAGCAGAGCCUGGAGGGCAUCCAACUACCCAGCAGCCUGCAGAGUUUGACGUUUGGCAGAGACUUCAACCAGAGCUUGGAUGGCACCCACCUACCCAGCAGCCUGCAGAGUUUGACGUUUGGCGAGGACUUCAAUCAGAGCUUGGAGGGCAUCCAACUACCCAGCAGUUUGAAGACUUUGACUUCACGCAUGUUCUCCGUAGGCAGCUUGUGA